UAUAUACACACCAUUCCCAAUCAAAGACGAGAUAGCUCAAGAAGCAGCCAAAUUAAAGAGCAAUUAAUCGAUUGAACGCGACUAGAGCUAGCUCGAUCCGAUCGUGCGUACGUACGUACAGGCAUGGACGGCGGCAGCUGGAUGCUCAAGGCGGCCGCCGCCGGCGACAUGCACGGCGGCGCCGGCGACACCAUGAUCAGAUGCAGCUGGAGCGACAUGGCGACUACUGAUCAGCUGCUGCGCCACCACGAGCAGGAGCCGGCGAUGACGAUGAUGAUGAACUCGCAGUCGCAGGCCAUGCAGCAGCAGCUUAGCCAGAUCUACAUGCUGAUGGACAUGGAGGAGCACGAUCAUCAGUACGCCACGCCGCCGUCGCCGUCGUCGUCCUCCUUCCGCUCCUUCUCCGCCGGGACGACGACGACGACGACGAGCCGCGACGACAACUCGUCGCUCAUGCUCGCCGCCGCCGCCGCCUCUUGCCACCACCAGACAACGGAGGUGUCGUCGCAGAUACUACUACCACGGCCGGGACAAGCAGCACGGCGGAGCAGCGGCGGCCAUGGCGCCGCCGCCGCCGCCACCGCGUUCCGGCCGUACUCCCGGUACCUGGGCCCGAAGAAGCAUCUCCUCCGGCGGCCAGGGGCGGCGACCACCGCCACCGGCGGCGGCGGUGGACAGAGGGCGUUCAAGAAGGCCAUAUCGGUGCUGUCAAAGAUCCACGCGGCGAGGCUCGCGCAGUACUACCAGAUCAUGGAGAUGGCCGCGCGGGCUUCGCCAGCGGCCACCGCCGGCGGCGGCGGCGGCGAGAACCAGCAGCUGCAGCUGCAGCACGUCUUGUCGGAGCGCAAGCGCCGGGAGAAGCUCAACGAUAGCUUCAAGGCUCUCAGGGACGUGCUCCCACCCGCCACCAAGAAGGACAAAGCAUCAGUGCUGAUGAGAGCAAAGGACUACGUGAACGUCCUCAAGGCGAGGAUAGCUGAGCUGGAGGAGAAGAACAGGAAGCUAUCUGAAUCACAGCAGCUGCACGCCGGCGACGGCGACGGCGAGCGAGACGACGGACCUGACGAUGACAAGAUUGAGGUCAACACGAGCAGAUCAGCGGCAGAUCAGGGCAGUUCACCGAACAAGUGUCAAGAGCUUCAUCUGAAGAUAGUGCUGGGGUCGUCGUCGGGGUGCAGUGCCAUGGAUGCCGUGGCUGGCAUCCUGCAGGGUCUCAACGAGAAGAGGGAUGUCAGCUUGUUGGCCACAGGGCAUAAUUCCAGCAGCAGCAGCAGCAGUGGUCGUCGUCGUCUUCUUCCCCGUGCAAAGUCUUCUCAACAACCUGCCUCCAGCAGCUGCGACGAGGAAAUUCUCAAGGAAUCUGUAGUUAAAGAUGACAGUCCAGCAGCUGUCAAGGAUGUGAUGCAAUCGGAGACAGUGAGACUGUAAUUAAUCUUCACCGAUCAUUUCUGUCGGAAAUUGAUGAUGUUCGUCGACAAAACUUUGGUAUAGCUGUUCAGAGUUCCAGCUAGGAAUUUAGGACUUUAGCUUAGCUAUGCAAUGAAUGGAAAUUAAUGAUAAUAUGUCAAAGAUAUAGACAUUUCCAUGGAUAAGGGAGUUGCUUCGGCUUGAAUCAUGGAGCUGAUCAGCAAGGGAGUCAAACUAUGAGAAAAAUGUUUGUCGUGAACUAUUAGGUUAGUUUGGACUGGCAUUACAUGGUACUCGCUAGUCGACAUCUUAACAGUGACAUGUAAUGAAAAACAGAUGCACACUUUUAAAAUAAUUAAUUAUACAUUUAAUAAUGAUG